AUGGGCGCCGAUGCGCCGGCGCAGGUCCUGCCGGAGGCGGUCGUCGCUGGCCGGUGCGGGAACGUCUUGAUCCGCAACACGAUACUGAAGGCGGAUCAUUUCCCAGGCUGCCAGAACACCAAGCUCGUUCCGCUGAUCGACGGCGCGCCCAAUUUUCGGCAGGUGGAUGGGCUGCCGGUCUACGGACUUGCGGUACCCACGGCUGUGGGUUUGAGGGUUGUGCUAGACCUCCUUGGAGCAAGCGAAGGACGCCGGAAAGUGCUCUGGCACAACAUGCGUGAAGAGCCCCUGCUGUACAUCAAUGGCGAGCCAUAUGUAAUGCGCGAGGCUGACAAGCCCUUUGCAAAUUUGGAGUACACAGGGAUCGAUGGCACCAGAGUGCAAGAGAUGGAAGAGAGGAUGAAGGAAGAUGUGCUUCAAGAGGCAGCCAGGUAUGGUGGUCAAGUCCUGCUAGCUGGUGAGACCGAUGACUACCAGGUAGUCCAAUUUUGGGAAGAUGUGGAUAAAGACUCUGUGCAGACCCCGCAUGAUGUCUUUGCUCGAGUAGCAGCCGAUGGAUGCGACGUGGACUACCUUCGAGUUCCAUUGACAGAUGAGAAAGCGCCGAAGGAGACAGACUGUGAGUUGCUGAUCCAGAGGUGCUGGGAUCCACCCACAGAUGCUGCACUUGUGUUCAACUGCCAGAUGGGGCGGGGGAGGACAACAACAGGAAUGAUUAUUGCCUCUCUGCUUCACCUGAGGAAGCGUGAAGUAUUUCCCAACUCUGCACUUGAAGAAACUUGCGGCCCUGACUGGUUCAAACUGUCCGCCAGCCCCACCUACAAAGGUGAUGGGGACACUCGACUGAAGCAUGGGAUGUAUGGCACUGUUCGAAGUCUCAUUCGCGUUCUCGAACUGGGUCAGGAGGGGAAGCAGGUGGUGGACAAGGUCAUCAACGCGUGCAGCGCGAUGCAGAACCUUCGGGAGGCCAUCCUGGUGUACCGUAACCGAAUGACAGAAGAAAACAAUGAAAGGAGGCGGAAUGACUUAUUGGGUGUGUGCCUGGAGUACUUGGAGCGAUAUUGCGUCUUGAUCAUCUUCACUUCCUACCUUGCAAAUCCACAUUUUCUCACCACUAGAUUCACACAGUUCAUGGCCGAGAGGCCAGAGCUCAAAAGUGUCCUGCAACGAAUGCUUCGGCGGAAUGGAAUGACAGCAUUGGACCUGCACAAGAUAGUCCCAGCCGACGAACAAACGCUGGACGUUUCUGGACAGUCACCAGCCGUCCCUGCCCAGGACAUCGAAUCCGACCCUACUGGACCAAUAAUUUCAAGCCGAAUGGGGACAGUCUUGGGUCGGUGGACCAUCUUGAAAGAAGAUCAUUUCCCAGGAAUGCAGAAACAGCACAUACCCCAGGUCAUUGACGGUGCACCUAAUUUCAGGGCUGCUGCUGGGCUCCCUGUCUUUGGUGUGGCUAUGCCCUCCGUGGACGGCAUCCGGAAUGUGCUGAAACACGUUCAAGCUGGGGCUGGGAGCACGCAUAAGGUCCAUGCCAUUUGGCACAACAUGCGUGAGGAGCCAGUUGUUUACAUCAAUGGCCGGCCUUUUGUUUUGAGGGAUGAGUCUCGUCCAUUCAAGAACCUCAGAGAGUAUGGUGGGAUCGACGCAGGCCGCCUGGAGCAAAUGGAAUCACGCUUGAAAACUGAUGUGCUUAAUGAGGCUGCCAGGUAUAUUGAUGAUGGUCAAGAUCCUUGUGGCAAGAUCCUGGUGGCCAGAGAAACGCCGUCAGACGGUUCGAUUGGCUGUCUUGUGGAUGUAUGGGAGCGUGUCGGUGGUGCUGAGGCGGUCCAGACGCCAGCAGAGGUCUACUCUACACUACAGGCCGAAGGCUUCCUUGUGCGCUACUACAGGGUGCCUGUCACCGAUGGCACACCUCCACGACCCGAAGAUGUGGACGCCCUCGUGGAGCAUUUGAGGGACUGUGGCCCUUCAGCGCCUCUGAUUUUCAACUGCCAGAAUGGAGCUGGUCGGACCACUACGGCGAUGGUGAUGGCCUGUCUCAUGAAGCUGUGCCGCUGUAAGCAGCCACUGUCUGAGUCAGUGUCGAAUUACCAUACCUCUCUUACUGAGGAGACCAUAGAGUCUUUGAACCGCAUCGAUGCCAUGCAAAUAGUUAAGUCUCCAGCUGGAAGAUGGCCGGCCGACAUGGAUCCGGACUUUGACGUUGAGGAUCCUGAAGAGCGGCAUGCCUCGGAAAAGGGCGCUUAUGUUGCAGUGAGAAGGCUGGUGCGUCUCUUGGACUGGGGACUGAAUUUGAAGGAGGCCACUGAUAAAAUCAUCGAUGCCUGUGGGCUAUUUGUCAACCUUCGAAAGGCGAUCAGGUGCAAUCGGCCACAACCAGGCUACAAAGAGGCUGAGACACACCAAAGGCAUGCAUCGUUCAAAGGCGGUAUGGGCUAUCUUGAGCGUUACUGUUUGCUGAUUGCUUUCUCUGGAUUCCUAGACUACAUGGCCAGGGGCAACUCCACAACUUUCCAGGAUUGGCUUGCAGCCAGGGGGGACGUUCAGCUGGCUCUGGCAUCUAUCAGCCUCAACCCUGCUGCGUCUUUGUCUGUGAUUCCUGACCCCACACCCAUCAUGACGGGGAGGGUUGCCUUCGGGGAUGGCCCAGAUGUCGACGAGCAGCAGGUCCUUGCUGAUCGCCGUGGGAGCACCCUGACUGCAAGGACAAUCCUGAAGAGCUAUCACAGCACCCAGUUGGUGACUGGCCAGUGGUCAAAGAUGCCACCGGGGGUGCCGGACGUUCGCGAAGUGGAGGGGGUGCCGGUGUAUGCAAUCGGCAACCCAUCUGUUGAGGGCAUGCAACGCUUGCUGUCCCACUUUGAUGCCGGCCCCAGCGGCUCCACCCAUGUUGUGCUAAGCGACAUACGUGAGGAGCUGGUGGUGUAUGUAUCUGGGCGGCCCUACCUCCGACGAGACUUGGAGCGCCCCGUGUUCUCCCUGCACCAUGUCAAUGUGACCUCGGACCAGCUGCAGCGCAUGGAGGAGGCACUAAAGGAGGAUGUGCAGCUGGAGGCCAAGAGGUGGGACGGGAAGAUCCUGGUCCACAAGGAGGUGCACAGGCAUGACAUUGGCCACGGGCAUGCCACAGUUCACGGCGGCCAUCGGGAUGACAUCACCCACCAUUCCGACUUCAACCCUGGCGCGGCCGUCGUGGGAUUGUGGCGCGAGACGACAGACUCAGUCGACCUUGACAACGGCGUCUGCAGCCCCAAAGACGUGGUCCAGAGGCUGGCGUCGGAGAGGGGUUUCCACCUGACGUACGCCAGGAUACCCUUGUCGCGAGAGCGCACCCCUGUGGCUGGAGACCUUGACAAGGUCGGGCGACAGGUGGAGAUUGACGCUGCUGGGCGCCGCGUGGUGCACCUCAUCCUCGCCAGAAUGGCAACAGGGAGCAGCCCGCGAUUUGCCGCAGCCUUCAUGUGUGCGUACCUGCUGUGGAGGGAUCCGGGGCCCCCAGACGAUCGCUUUCGCCUGCAGGCUGCUCCGGAUGCAUCCUCCAACCAAGGCAUGCCUGCUCUUGCACUUGGGGACAACCGGAUCAUACUCAACCUGUGCCGCCUGCUGCCGAAUGGGCUGAACCACAAGGCAGCCGUCGACGAAGCCGUGGACAGGUGCCACAAUGUGGGCAACCUGCGUGAGGACAUCCUGAGCUGCAAGUACACGCUGGGUGAGGACAAGCAGAGGGCGGGGGAGGAGGUCCAGCAGCUCGGCCUGCACUACCUCCAGCGCUACAUCUUUCUGAUCUCCUUCCGCUGCUACCUGGACAACCGCAACGGGCAGACGUUUGAGGACUGGGUGUCGGAGCGCAAGGAGCUGGCGCACCUCAUCAAGAUGUCCCACCUGGAACUGUCUGCUGUGGGCAGCUCUCUGCUCGAGGCCUUGGCCGGCCCCUUCCCUGGCGGCGCCAGUUCAUUGUGA